AUGGAGUUCACACUUGAACCAAAGGAGGCUGGUGAAGGCAAGAAGAGGAAGGAGAGGGUCAAGAGGACCACUGCCAGAGUCAUUGGGAGAUCCUCUAUGUUUAGAGAUCCAGCUGAAGAAGAAGAAGAGGAUGUUGCUCCAGCAUCAAAGUCUCAAAAGCUGAUGGGGGAUGCCAUCAAGUCUUGGGCUGCGCCUUCCAAGCCCAAGAUUGCCCCCAAAGCUUCUGCUCCAGCUCCAAAGCCCAAGAGGAGCACAAGGAACAUUUAUGCUGCUGAGAAGAACAAGGCCCCAGUGCCCGAGAUGGAUGAAGAAGAAGAUGCUGAAGCCCAAGUGCUUAGGAAGCUUAAACCAAAAAUUCCAGAUCGUGAUGACAGCCAUCCAGUGGCAGAAGAUAUGAACAUCAGGAAGGAUGCAGGUCUCGGACUUUGGAGACAAAGUGACCCUUAUGAUGUGAGGAGAAAGACUGAUGUGGACUACAGGUUCCAUACCAAAGAGCAGCAAGGUUUCUAUGAAACCAUAUUGCUUGACAAGAAGCCCAUAGUCUGUGAUAUGAAGUGGGUUGACUGGAAAUACAUCGAUGAGAAUGAAGACCACUUUCCAAGUGUACAUGAAAGUUUCAGAUCAUGUGGGGUGGACAAGUUUGUGGUACAGAAGCUGACAAAAUGGAAUGAUGAACUCAUCAUGCAAUUCUACUCCACUGCACACUUCUAUCCUGAUGGAAGGAUGGUUUGGAUGUCUGAAGUACCUACGGGCAAGCUUUUGGGUUUCUUGGUUUCAAACCGAGGUAUCGAAGCUAACCCAGAAAAAAUCAAGGGCAUUACUUCCCUGGCUAAGCCAAAGUGUGUUAAUGACGUCCAACGCUUGGCGGGUCGGAUAGCAGCUUUGAGCCGGUUCAUAAGCCGCAUGGGAGAAAAGGCUAUUCCCCUGUAUCAGAUGAUGAAGAAGACAGAUAACUUCGUCUGGAGUAAUGCGGCUAAUGAGGCAUUUGAGGCGCUUAAAAAGCAACUAGCUGAGCCGCCGGUUCUUGCUGCUCCUGUUGACAAGGAGCCUCUGUUGUUAUAUGUGGUUGCCAAUAGCCGGGCCGUCAGUAUCGCUAUUGUGGUGGAAAGGAAAGAGGCAGGCAAG